AUGCCACUGUGCCUGCUGCUGCUGCUGCUGCUGUUGGGGGCCACCGCUGCCCUGCCGCUGGAGGGCGGCCCUGCCAGCCAGGACCAUGGGCAUAUGCAAGAAGUGGCAGAAAUAAAGAAAAGCAGCCUCUUAACUUCCCUUGCUUGGUGGCUGGAGUGGAUCUCCCAGGCCAGUGGCAGGCCCCUCAUCGGAGGGGAAGCCAGCAAGAUGUCCAAGCAGCAGGAAGGCCCACCCCUUCCACAGUCCACACACCAACACAAAAUGCCCUGCAAGAAUUUCUUCUGGAAAACCUUUUCCUCCUGCAAAUAA